UGGGUGUGGGGUGAGGGCAGGAACCUGUAAUUGAAGGAGAAAUGUCGUGUGUUGUGAGAUUCUACUCUGAACCUCAUCAGCGAGGAGGAACACUCGGGGUCCAGAGGUGGAGCAGUGAAGUUGGAUUCUAACGGAAAUCUAAGGAAAAUCUUCUGAGGAUCCAGCAGCAUCAUGCAUAAUGAGAGAUACUUGUGGAAUUCAAAUUCCAUAAGGAAUAGGAUCUCUGAGACAUCACCUAUGGACCUCCAGGACGCAAAGAAAAUAGAUAUAGCAUGGAAAUCGAGAAUACACACCUUAAUACACAUUCCUUUGCCAUGGAGGAAAAUCCACAGACUGGAAAAAAAUGAAGCAAGCCCAGAGAGAGAAUCUCUUGAGACUUUCCUUUACAAGAAAAGUGGACAAAUGGCAUUUCGGGAAUUUCUAAAGUCAGAGUUCUGCGAGGAAAACCUGGACUUCUGGCUCGCCUGUCAAGAGUUUAAAACUUUCGACAGUCCAGAUUACCUAAAACAGAGAGCGGCGAGUAUUUAUGAAGAGUUCAUCAUGGCUGAGGCUCCCAAACAGGUAAACUUGGAUUUCUGCACAAGAGAAAUCAUCAGACAGAGUCUGAAGCAGCCAAGACCGUCAUGCUUUGUUGUUGCACAGAAGAAAAUCUACAGCCUGAUGGAGAAUGGCUCCUUCCCACGGUUUAUUCAGUCUGAGCAGUACAAAGCCCUUUUAAAUGCAACUUCUAAACAGAGAGGCCUUGGGAAGCACCGUAAGGUCUUGAGGGUAAAGAGCACUGGAGACAUAAUACAGCAUGGCUCCAAACCAGUCAGCCUGAGGAGUGACCUGCGUCUUUUCCACAUGCACUGACAUCAUACAUGCUGUGACAGACUGAGGAAGUGUUGCCGACAGUCACUGUGCAGACACUUCUCUGUCUCUUAAAAUAUCUCAAGAACAUUAUGUCUGACAAACCUGGAAGCUGCGCCAGUGAAAUGUGCCCAAGAGACUGCAGAGAGUGCCAUCUGGUGCACAGAAGACAUAGGACGUCAACAAAAGUGAAACUGUUUUUGAAUGCUGUGAUGGUGUUAGCUAAGACAUCUCUUGAAUGUGGACAUUAGUAUUUAUAAGGGGAAUGCAUAUUACUGCACGAUUGUUUUAUGCACCCAACCAUCUUAAAUAAGUGAAAACCGAAAUGAACUUGUCACGUAUACUUCAUGAAGGGCUGCACUACUAAAGGGUUUAUUUUGUGGUUACAGGUCUGUAAAAGCUGAACAUAAACAAUGUACAGUAUGUUUGUUCUUGAGUGUAAUCAAGGUGCAUCUCGUGUUCUUACAGUUGAUGUGCUAUUGCCACCUAGUGGUGCUUGGGAGAAAUACAUGCUAAACGCAGGAACGGAUUUGUCUCCACUUUUAACAUAUAGUAUGAUAUUUGUGGAAUUCAGUCAUUUAUAAUUUACAUAUCUGUGUUUUCCUCUAGACACACGUGAUAAUGUUAUGAAUCAUCCCAAUGAAGACCGCUGGCCAAAAUAUGUUUGUCUGACAGUUGUUUUUCUUUGCUUGUGUAUUUUGUUGGUCUAGCAUUUUUAAUAUACCAUCAUCAUCACCAUGUUCUGCAGCCGACAUUUCUAAUCUGAUUCUGGAAAUGGUGACUAAGAGAACAAUUUGAUACAAUAAAAUGUGGCGACAUCCGCUGGAUAAAAUUAUACAUAUCGUUUGCAUGAAACCAAGGCAAAGGGCAACGGGUCAUGAAACAGAAAGGCGCUCUUGUGUAUAUUUAACAAUCAAGGCUCUACAG